CUCAGAAUAUAGAAGCUCAUUCUGUGUGGACUUUGGCAUCUCCCAUUAAGCAGGAAGCGACAACUAAGAAUUGACAACAUGGUGAGUUACCUGUAAAUUUUAGUCUUAUCUGUGUUUUCAGGGAUAAGAACAGUCAGGAAAUGCCUGGGCAUAAUGGGAGAGAUGUAUAAAUGUGGGUUCUCAUAGUAGUACUUAGCAAGAGUGUCUGUCUCUUGUUUUUUUUUGUUCCCUCUGUACCUGAAUGAGUUUAUUAUACAAGGUAAUCAGGAAGUCACCGCAAAGAGAAUCUAACUAUAACACAGAGGUUGUUUGCAUUAAGUGACCCAAUUGCUAUCAGUGAGCUGUGGAUAAGAAUACAAUGUUAUACAUUUCAGUUUGUGAAUCUCUUUACUCUGAGAUUUAAUCCCUUCAUAAUAGAUGUCUUGCCUGCACUACAGUGAUAUAAAGGAAUGUGUAUCCUGUAGCUAUGGGGUUGGUGGUUAAAGUAAAACGAUCAUAUUAAAAUGAAAGAUUACACAUAUUGGAACCUUGAUGUGUAUUAUUUUGUAGUAUACACAUGUCUGUAAAUCACUCUGGCCCCUGUUCUUUAGAGCCACCACCUUUUAAGUACUUUUAGAUCAGACUCUGUUUUCCUGACCAAAAACCAUGCAGGUAAUCCUGAAUUAAUGUGCUUUAACAAAUCUAAACAUGCACACAUUGCAGACAUCUAAAAUAUAAAAAAAAUGUACAUUGAGUUGGUUUCAUAUGUGAUUGUGCAUGGUGUUAGCAGAGAAAUUUAUGCUUUUGACUAGAGCAGAAUAAAGAUGACUGCUGCCAUAGAGCAAGUGGAAGCUAGUAGAUUCUCUAAAAAAAAAUAGUGAAUUAUUUAUAAGGCUGUAUUACAUGUACAUUUUUUUUUUUUACUUGCAGUAAUAACAAAAAACAAUCUGGUUUCCUUUUAAGGUUCGAUUGCUAAUUUUUUUUAUUUUUUUUUAUUUUACAACUAAUUUUUGCCAGUUGGGAAAAGAUCAACAUGAUCUUUUCCAUUUGAAAGGUCUUGGAGAUAUUCCAAUUACCUUUUUUGAAGAAUUAUUUGCCCAGUGUUACAUUAUACCUACCUAUACGAUAACUGUUUUGUUUUCUAACCAAUAAGGAAGGGAGACAGGAGAAGGGACAGGAUACAUGAUAGUGUCCUGCAGAGUGGUAGUUGCCUCGUUUUAUAGAGAGGUGACCUUAGGAUAGGUUGGGCUCGGGGAGAUCACAAAAGAGGAAAGAUAAUUAAAACUUCACUUUUAAUGUAAAUAGUUAAAAGGGGUAUACAAAUUUUUUUUUUUUUUUUAGUUCAAAUAACUGUUGUAAGAAAUCCUCAAGUGAAAGUGAAACUGUUUUGUUUUCUGCAGACCAAGUUCCUGUCUCAGGAUGAAAUUACCAGUGAGUGAGAACUGCUGUGGUGUCAUGGCCGGGUCAUUAAUGUAUGUUUAGGGUGGGCUUAAUAUUGGUAUUUAUCAGCAUUACCUGUCCUGACGUGCUCUACGAGAUGAACUUUUUAUCCUUGCAAUUCCUAAACGUUGUAAUUGCCCCGUGUCCAUUCAAUUCAUUAGAAACCCCUUCAUGCUCCAUUUAUAAUAUAGGUGUGUUAAAGGAGCACUUCAAACCCCUAGAGCGUAUUGUAGUAAGUAAUCAAGCCAUUCGGAAUAGUUUGACCAGAGGUCUACCAGCACUUCCUGCCGCCGCUACAGGAGAGCCGAGAGCUCAUGCUUUUGCGCUUCUGUUAGCUCUCAUGAACUAAACCCUGGUUAUGAUGCUUUUUCCAACAGUAUGCUCCUUUAAAGUGGUACUCUAUGCACACAACUUUAGCUUAAUUAAGCAGCUUUAAUGUAUAGAUCAUUCUUCUACAUUUUUACUGCUCAAUUAUUUUUGGCCUAAUGCAAGCAUAACCAUUGAGGAGCGGGGACGGACCUGAACCAGCGCCGAGUGAUAUCGGCACUGGACUGAGGUAAGAGACAGGAGGUUUUUUAACUCCUUCUGCACCACAGGGAAUGAGGGGGGACACUAUAGGGAGCUAUAGUGUCGGAAAAACAACUUUGUUUUCCUGACACAAUAGUGUCCCUUUAACAGAUCAUUAGAAGGGAAGACAGGCACCUAAGGGCCAGGAGAUGUCUUGAGGCCUAUUUGCUAUUUAUUUUAUUUUUUUCCUUCUUGCUUAUCUCACUUUAUUCCCCACACAGAAUUUAAGGAAUGUUUCUCUCUGUAUGAUAAGAAAGGAAGAGGAAAAAUCCCAGCCAAUGACCUUCUGACUGUAAUGCGCUGUUUGGGCACAUGCCCAACACCAAACGAAGUUGCACGCCACUUGCAAGUCCAUAAAAUUGGUAAGAUUUGGGUAGGGAGGGAUACAAUAUAUUUUAUGAGGUGCCAAUAUAGUUGGCUGUGGUUACUAAACGUUCAAUAAAAGCUACAAAUAUACUGGCAAUAUUUAAUUCUCUGUGAAUCCUAAAAAGAUCAGGAUGCAUUUUAAGGCUUACUUUUUUACCAGCACAGACGGAAUGUGAUGUGUAAUAUGUACUGAAUGAGCAGAGAUUCCUGCUUUUCUUGGCACAAGAAGGUAUUGUGCUGCAAGACUUAAAAAUAAAGGGAGUGGUAAUGUAACUUAUCUGCCCUUACUCUAGAGCAUAAAAUAUAUAUAUAUAACCCAAUCAGCAAACUGAAUGCAGUAGUGAAAACAAAGCGGAGAAAGCUGAAGGAAAUGAGUUUUGCAUGAAACAAAUUAUGACAGCUUUUACCUCAAAACAGGUUUUUAACAUAAUCCUUUCAUCAAGUAAAAAAAAAUUAAAAAAAUUUUUCAUGUAAAAUUAAUGAAAAAUACUCCUCCAUACGUUUUGUAUAUGCAUAGCCAGACUUGCCGUAAGGCCACUGAGGCCUCGGGGCUGCAGGCAGGAUAGGGGCAGAAUGGCCAAUGGGGAGUUUAAAGAUCAUUCUCUGUAUGUGAGUGUUCCCAGAUAAAGAUCAGGGAGGGGAGUAUACAAUUUAAGUUUUAAUUUAUUUUUUUAUUUCCCCCACACUACAAUUCCACUAUUCCAGCCCCUCCACCCACAACAGCCACUGUCUCCCAAAACAUGCACACUACGGUGCAUAUACCCCCCACUCAGACCUGAUUUCCCUCCUCCCCUAUAUUCUCUACAACCAUAAUUUCCCUGCACACAUACAAUAGCCUCAUUUUCCUCCCAAACUUACACCCUACAGCCACUAUCCUGCACAAAUACACAAAAAGGCCCUAUUCUCUCAUGUGCAUACACUAAAACCCCUAUCCCCAAAAAGCCACUAUUUACUUACCCACACACAACCAUACAAGUAGCUCCCCCCAAAUACAAAAUUGGUGGUGGUGGGUGUUGAGGAAACUGACCUUGGACAAGAUAAAUCCAAACCUGGGUGUAUGACAGGAUUAUAUAUCUAUCUAUCUGUGGGAAAAGCAAGUCUUAUGGCUUGGCUGGUGUGUAUUUGUGUUUAGCAAUGUAUUAAAUAUAUAUAGCUAAAGUUGUUCAGGUGACUAUAGUGUCCCUUUUAAUUUUACAUAUACAAAAAAGUGAUGAAAGGAUAUUAAAACAUUUUGAGGUGACAGUUGUACUUUUAAGCUAUUAAUUGUGAUUGUCUCCUUUGGUGAGCAUUGCGAUAUUAAAGGGACACUAUAGUCACCUGAACAACUUUAGCUUAAUGAAGCAGUAUUGGUGUAUCGAACAUGCCCCUGCAGCCUCACUGCUCAAUCCUCUGCCAUUUAGGAGUUAAAUCCCUUUGUUUAUGAACUCUAGUCACACCUCCCUGCAUGUGACUUGCACAGGCUUCCAUAAACACUUCCCGUAAAGAGAGCCCUAUUUAGGCUUUCUUUAUUGCAAGUUCUGUUUAAUUAAGAUUUUCUUAUCCCCUGUUAUGUUAAUAGCUUGCUAGACCCUGCAAGAGCCUCAUGUAUGUGAUUAAAGUUCAAUUUAGAGAUUGAGAUACAAUUAUUUAAGGUAACUUACAUCUGUUUGAAAGUGAAACCAGUUUUUUUUGUUCAGGCAGGCUCUGUUAAUCAUAGCCAGGGGAGGUGUGGCUAGGGCUGCAUAAACAGAAACAAAGUGAUUUAACUCCUAAAUGACAGUAAAUUGAGCAGUGAAAUUGCAGGGGAAUGAUCUAUACACUAAAACUGCUUUAUUUAGCUAAAGUAAUUUAGGUGACUAUAGUGCUCCUUUAAAACCGCAAAAGUUCAGAGGUCACAGGUCUGUAGUACAUGUAAUUAGCUGUUACCCACAACCAUUAGCAGCCGAUCAUGCUACUAUUUGCCUCUACAAAUGAGUAAGUUUCAUCUCUCUCCCCCUACCCCCUGCAGCAGGGCCAGAGGCACAUACAUAUACAAAAACACUUAGUAUAAGAUGUACCAGACACUUUCUAAUUUGCAAUUCACUAGUGAACUUCCAACAAUUCCCUUUCUCUCUGAUACUCUUAAAGAAUAAUAAAAUAAAUUAUUGACUGAGAUAUGCAUCCUGUCUCUUCCAAGGGAAAGAUGGUGAAGUGGAUUUCUCUUCCUUUCUGACAAUCAUGUACCGGCAGCAGAAGCAGGAAGACCCAGAGAAUGAGAUCCUUGUGGCAUUGCUGAUGUCAGAUAAGCAGAAGAAAGGUCUAAUCCCAUUGGCUGAACUACGAGCUAAACUUACUCAAAUGGGGGAGAAACUGACUACUGAAGAAGGUAUGGUAAAAUAAAAUAUGCAUAAGUACACAAUCCAUUAUUAGCAGUAUAUUACUGGACUGAGAUGUUUAAAUUUCAAUGUUACUUGGAAUAGGUAUCAGUAACCAAGUCACUCAGAGCCAGAUUUACCCUCCUUGAUGUCCAAUCUUUCUUUCCCCCACCCCCCCCUUAGGCUAGCUUUCUCACUGCACCCACCUGCUUCCCCCCCCCCCAUUUGUCUGUUUCGGGACACCACAACCGACUUGCGACUACUAGUUUAGUACAAACCUAUUAUAUGCCCUCGUCCUUUGACCCUGACCACAAAUAUAUAUUUGUGCAUUAUCUACUUAGUUUAAGUUGGACAUUAGAAAAUCCUUGUUUGGCACUGAAACCCAAGAAAUUGUGUUUGGGAUAUGACAGAAUGGUGAUUGGACAAUAAGUGGGUCAUGGUGGGAGAAGGAGUGUGUAUGAAGGCUGCUUGCAUGGUUAGGUUGCGUGUGGAGGGGAGAAUACUGCUUGUAGGGUUGCAGGUGUGGGGAUGGGGCUGGUUGACGUAUAGUAUGUUGCUGGGGGUGGGUAUGUGUGGUGGGAAGAGAAAAGCUGUAGUGUAUGUUUGCAGGGGAUAUGAACUGUAGUAUUUGUUUGGUGGUGAUAGGGACUGUCUGAAUGGAAAAGCUGCACUGAUCGAUAUAGUUCCUGUAGUAGCUGCCAGUGACAGGUGCUAUAGACUUUUAAACUCUUUGAAUGUCAACAUUGCAAAACUAAAAGGACCCUACAGGCACCCAGACCCCUUCAACUUAAAGUGGUCUGGGUGCAGUGCUGGUCUGUUUAACCCGGCUAUGUAAGAUACAGCAGUUUGAGAAACUGCAAUAAUUACGCUCCAGUGGUGUGUUUCAGACAGCCACAAGAGCCAUCUGUUAUACUUGAAGAUAUCUUGCAAUCCCAUCUAGCAAAACAUUAAGUCAAUGCUUUGCUAUGGGAUAUCAUUAAUGCGAUCAUAGUGUGUGCGUAUUAGGUCCCACCAUUGCCAUGACAUCGCAGGAGGAAGCCUUGGUAGUAAAGAGGUUAGUUUUAUCCCCGUAUCAGAUUGUGGGUGUAUAAGGUUACUGACACAGAUACUAUAGAGUUUGUAUUCCUAAUGCUAUAAAUUUUCCUUUAAGCAAACAGCCCCCUUUAUUGAAUGUCUCUUUAAAGAGGGUGCACCUGAUAUUGAUACUACACAGCAUUCAAUAUUAGUCUUUGCUGUUACACAUGGUUAGUAAUUCAAAACUUACCAUUGGCUGUCAUCACCCACAAAGGGAAAGGCAUGUACUAUUAGUUUGUGGCCAGUACCUCUAAUGUUUCUAAGAUUGUGAAUAAUAUAUUUAUCCACUUUUCUGUUCAUAGUUGAUGAUCUCCUUCGCAAUGCUGAAGUAGGAGCCGAUGGGAUGGUGAGAUAUGAAGAGUUUGUUAGGAAGAUAACACUCCCAGUAGCCGACUACUAAGCUUCAGAUUUCAGGCUGAAACCAUAGACCGCAAGAUAACCCAUCUCCAGCCUGGCACGCCAAUAUUUUUGUAAAGAUACCAAUAGCCCUGCUUCCAUCUGUUGAUUACAGUCACAAAGGAGCACACAGUCUGAAUUAUGGUUUGCAUUUUACAUUGAUGCUCACAGGCCAGUAUAAUAUAUAGAUUGCAAUUAAAUUAUAGCUAAAUCCUGUCUCCUAUACAAAGUUAUAAUCUUGCUGCUUGCGUACAGGAGUUUAUGUUCCAAAACAUAAGCGAUCUUGUUUCAGUAUAGUGGACAGGAGGUAAAUUUUCUUUUCUAUACACGUCUUAAACACCGAUUCCAAAUUGCAGUGUUUUUCUUGUAUUUCUAUAUAGUCAACGUGCUAUUUGGUCUGCAUAUUUAGACUGACAUUGGAUUCUUUAAUGAGGACUAUAUAGCUUUCUGUGGAGAGGAAAAAAAUAAAAUCAUCAUGAAAAAGGAUAACUGCCUUUGGUAACACUACUUAUAAAGUGCAUCUGGCUUUUGAGACUAUACUGAUUUACAGUUUAACGCACAUUGACUCACAGCAAAUGUUUGUUACUGUCUGUAUUGUCUACAUAAAACUAUAAAAUCCAGUUAACAAUAUGAUCUUGACAUAGUUCAAUCCAGUUAAAGUAAGUGUUAAUAUGGUUACCAGGGAGCUAUGUAACUGGCAAGUGAACUGCAAACUGUAGAUCAAAAAGUAAAGAGGAAUUUCCUUUCCAGUUCACAAAGUCCUGGCUUAUUGAAUACGUCUGAGGUUAGAUAUCUGCCUCAUCAGGUGGAAGGCACUUAUUUUUACAAAAUACAGAUUAAGGAACAGCGCGUGCACAGCAAAAUAAAUUAAAAUAAAGCUUUAAAAUUGCGCAAGGCUACUUAAAUUCGCCUAUCUUAAAUAAAG